AUGGUUAUUCAACUUUCCUGCUAUCGCUUUCUGGCACAUUGCGCUAUUGAAUCCCAUUUAGGAUUAUGGGAGCUAUCAAACGGAGACGUGUUCCAACGAAAGCUUGAACAUUCACCUAAUGUUUUAGUCAGUGUUUUCGUGCUUAGCAAGCAAAGGAAGAAGACUAUCCUAGGGGGAUGAGAGCAGCGAAUUGUAAAGGAUAUCUGGCGUCAAUCCCGUUUUUAGGAUGCGCCCCGCAUUUCACUUCCAUUCAGAAUCGUAGUGAACUACAUAUUGAAUGCGUGUUUGGCCUAUACAAUGAAUACUUGCGGUGGUCAGCCAAUGUACAAGCCAGUGCUUUUAUACAUACAUAGGAGUUUGGUACAAAUUAACCGAUCCCAAAGGUGUGCUGGGCAUGUUAAUGGGCAUAUGUCGAUCCGGGAUCCGAUCCCCGAUUCAUCCGUAUGUGAUAUUGCACCACAUGCCACUACACCACCACUGCGAUUGCAUUCCAUUCAAGAAUCAUAUGAAUCGAAACUUCUAACCUAUUCAGACCGCUUUUUCCCCCUUUCUUUUAAGCAUACUUUUGAGAAUCCACGAGCCUGCAAGACUUUCUUUUCUCUUGGGUUCUAUUGCAGACAGAUCAAUCGACCCUCUAACUAG